AUGGUCGUGCCGUAUUGCGAAAACGAUUCCAGGGAAAUCAACAAUAGACCUUUAACUCUUUCAUCGUUGGAAUCGACGAAUUUGCUUUCGUCGAUGGCGAUGGGUCACAAUCAAGCUGAUGUCUUUGACAUUGAUUUCAAGCUACCGGUUUCUUCCGAAUCUCGUACGGAAAUGGGGCGGACUUCGGACUUUGAAUCUCGCUUGGAAUCGAUUCGAGGUCUGAGAGAGAAAUCUGAAGCUGAUUUCGAAACAUCGAGCAGCUGUUGUAGUGCAGUCCAAACGUUGCAAAAGCAAGAGCAAGCUCUGGAAACUCUACUCGAUAGUUUUCAAGAAACUUCGCCCAAGAGUAUCGAAGUUGACGAUAAUGAUAUUGACGAAGAAUUUUCAUCAUUGAAAGAUUCGCUUCGACUACUACAGGAUGAACUCAGCGCUGUUGACAUGAUUAUUCCACAGCUUGGCUCUGGAAGUUCAGGAAUGGAAAAUGAGGAUAGGAUGAGUGUUGGGAACGAACAGGCCAGGAUUUCCUCUCCACUUCACGAAAGCCCUGCAGAUGAUAACUACUUGGACAGUGUUGAUGUUAUCCGAUCAGCUGUACCUUUCGAAUCACCAAGCUUUGACGAAAAUCAUUUAGAUAUUCUUGAAGGCCGUGCUGGAUGUCCGACGUCUUGUACUUCUGGCAAAGUCUCAUUGGAGAGUUUCUUUUGGGGAGUAGAAAAAGAUUCAACAGCAGGGAGUGGCGCCAAUGAGGAGUUACCUCCAUUAUCACCAUGUUCAUCCUACUUGGAAUGCAAUCCCAGCUAUCCUUCAAGUUUCCCGAAUAGGAGGACACUGCAACCAUCAAACGAGAAUGAGGGAAAAAGUUUAUUGACAAAAGCCACAGGCCAUAGCACUGGACUGCAACGUCCCUAUGUUGCUACCGGUACCAACACAAAAGCAACAUCACCGAUCAAGAAUGCCAGUAUGCGUUUCAACGACAGGACACAACUGGCAUAUACUUCAACAGUAGCAACAAAAAUCGACUCGCACCAAGACCUCAUGUCAACUGCUAAUCGAUGCUCUUCCAAGCUGCAAGAAACACUUGAGCUGAAAAAACAACUAAACCAAUCCAGCACUAAAGGGAUUCGAUCUUAUCCGGCAACUUCUGCGAAAAUGACAAGGGUCAAAUUUGGUCCUGCACAUGCUGUUUCCACACUUUCUGGACCAUUACUGCCGUCGAGACAACACCUCAGAAGCUUUGAUAAACUUGAGGAUCAACAACAGCAAGAUGAUGCAAGGGAAAACAACGCAAGAGGGCUAACGUUCUUCUCAACGGCAAACCAACAAGCGACUAACCCUUUUGAUUCCUUCGACAGCAACAGCGAAGACGGAGAAGAAGAUCCCGGAACGGGAUACAGACCACCAAGUACUUCCCACAUGACGGUAGAUAGUUCCGUUGCUCCAAGUGGGGAUAGAUACCUUCCCAACACGAAAGUACAAACGCCUAAAAACCCAUCACCACGGUUUAAAAAGGCCAUUAAAACAAACAUGAAUGAAGAGUUGACUCAAUUGGGAGUUCAAGUCAACGCAAUGGAAAAUCUGAAUGAAGAUGAUCCAAAUCGCCCGUUGCAUAGUAUGCUGAACCGCGGACAGCUAAACUUUGAUUUCGAAUUUGAAACAGGCAAUGGCGAUGUUCCAAACUCCAUGACCUCCUUGGAGCUCAAUCCACUCGAAGGGAAAGAAAGAGACACCUACCGCCAUUCAACAACAAAACUAACCAGACAUCCAGGGAAAACUUCCCUGAAUGGCUUCGAGCAGAACAUCUCGUCACAAGUAUUGCUCGGACCUUCUAAUCACCGCGAAGCGCAAUCGUCUCGACCAUCCCUUUCUGUCCCUUCGCAAAACGAAGAAGUCAUACUGGAAGAGACAGACGACAAUGACGAGAAAAGUUUCAGCGUUUCCAUUCUUGACAACAUUGAAAACUGUAUCGAACUUGUUUGCGGGGAUGUAACUCAUCACUCUCCUCUUUCGUGUAUACGAGAGCCACUCAAGACGGGAGCUCACAAACCCAGCAUGAAACGGGCUCUCGCCACCGGGAAAAACGAGGAUGGCCACUCGGGUUUUGCAUUCGGGGAGGAUGGCAAUGGGGUUAUAAGUUCCAAGGGGAGCAGAUACCGAAAGGCAAUGGGGAAGAUGCUUUUACCCAAGAAAGAAACUACAGAGAGAAAAACUGUCAGUCGCAGCAAAGAAACAUCAUUCAACUUCAAAAGCUUCGAGACGGAUGUUCAAUCCUUUUCAAUUUCUGGUUCAUGGGACAACCAGGAAACGGGGAAAAGCAAAACUGCAGGCGAUUCAGAAAAAUCAUCAGGGACGACACUUCUUUCAACGAUCAGAGUCCAAGAAGAAGUCAUUCAGAGAAAUUGUCUCCUCUUAGAUGCCCUGGUCGCAGCCAACCAUGCAAGCUAUCGAGUUUUGACAAGCGUUGAUCUCUUGGGCGUUGACACAUUUGGAAGGAUGGUACAAGGAAAUAGCAUUGUUGAUUGCUACCCAAAGGGUACAAUACUUAGGAAGGCAACGAUGACUUCACCAAUAGUCCGUUGCCUUGGGAAAGGAAUGGCGACCAUUACAUAUCUCAGAAUUGAUGAAGUCAGAAAUGGAGUCGAGACCAAUAGCAAAAAACUAAUGGAAACGCGAAUGUGGAAAAAGGAAAGACAAGCUUGGGUCAAUUGUCAGUUUCAUCAAACAAUAGUAUCGUCGAAUUACGGGGAAUGA